ACCAUGAAGCUGAGCAUCUGCAGCAUGAUGGUCUGCUGCAGUGCAUUGUGGGUAGUCUCCUCCUCUGUGGUUAAAGCUCCUCCCCGUCCUGGAUGUGACUCCACGUUGGCGUUCUCCUCUGACGUCUUGUCCUUGUCUGAAGGAGGCGGAGACAUCCACAGCAGAUCUGUGUCUCCAUGGAGAUGGAGGUCGUCCACGGUGAAGACCCGGAUCCCAUCCACACUCUGGGAGGCUGAGUGCAGCAGCAGCUUCUGUUCCGGUGCCGACACCAGACGGACCGACGUACUGGGCCUCAACUCAGUCCCAGUUUACCAGAACCUGCUGGUCCUGACCCGGCAGGAGGGAGGGGACUGCUUCAACGCCUCGUACCGGUCCGUCGCUGUUGGAUGCACUUGCGUCUGGGCCAAAAGCACACCGGGUCAGGACUGAAGGACCCAGACCGGAACAUCUGACACCAGAACCUCAUCAGAACAAAUGCAGAACAGUAGAACCUGAACAGAACAUCUGACACCAGAACCUCAUCCGAACAAACGCAGAAUACCAGCACCAGAACAGAACACACAUAGAACACCAGAACCUGAACAGAAUGUAUGUAGAACACCAGCACCAGAACUGAACAUCUGACACCAGAAGCUCAUCAGAACAAAUGCAGAACAGCAGAAUCUGAACAGAAUACACAUAGAACAGCAGAACCUGAACAGAACAUCCAUAGAACAGCAGAACUGGAUCAGACCCAGACCCAGUGGGCCUGGUUCUGUUAGUUUACCCAGUUGGAUUUAAAGGUUGAUUGUCUGUGAUUUGAACUGUUUCUGUUCAUAAACUAAAGGUGUUUGUGAUUUUAAACAUGAAUGUGAUUGGAUCAGUUUAGGUUUUAUUAGUUUUAUUGGUUUUCUUAGUUUUAUUGGUUCAUUGUUGAU